GAGUGGGAGAAGAGGGGCGUGGAACUGCGAAGGAAGAGGACAUCGCCGGGUGCGGAGGAGCAGGCGCGGGGGACAGUCGGUGGGCUGCGACUCGAGCGAGGCGGCUCUCACCCGGUGCCUCGCCUCAACGGGUCACGGGGCCUCCGCGCAGUCGGCGACGAGACGCGAAGAUCGAGGGAGGUGUUGGUUCACCGGACCUCGGAGCUCGGAGGACGAUCCACGCAGAGAUGGAUUCUUCUCGGCCGAUGAUUUCGCUGCUGCUGCUGCUGCUGCUGCUGAUCGUUGUCGCCAUCUGUUCGAGCGGCUCCGUGGCGACCACAGCAGGGCAGGGCCCCGUGUUUGUGGAGGAGCCGGGGGACGUCCUGCACCAGCUGGAGGGGGGUGGCAACCGUCAAGUCGCCCUGCGGUGCAACGCGAGCGGGACCCCGCCGCCCACAUACAGGUGGUUCUCCAACGGCUCCGAGGUGGAGCUGACCGACGGCCGCCACUCGGUGCAGGCCGCCGGCACCUUGGUGGUGGCCACGCGCAGGAAGGGGCGCACCGCCACGGCCUACAGCUGCCUGGCCGCGAACCGCCACGGCGCCGUGCGUAGCCGCACCGCCCUCGUGCUCCCGCAGUACCUGGACCCGUUCCCCGUGGAGGAGAGAGACCCGGUGUACGUGCGCCUCCACGCGGGGCUCGUCUUGGUGUGCGCACCCCCUCCACACUCGCCCGAAAUAGCACGCGGAGGAGCGGAGACGCGCAUCGGUUCCAUCGAGUUUUAA